AUGUCAGAUGAAUUAUUAUCAUUACCAACAUCAUCUCCUACAAUAUCACCAACACAAACAACAGCAUCAACAUUAAGUUCAAAUGAUAAAUUAAAAAUAAAUCGAAUAUUUCAAAGUUAUAAACCUAUAUGCGAUGAAUUAAUAACUAUAUUAUCAAAUACAGAUGAAAAGAAAUUUGAAAAACAAGAUAAUAAACAAAUAAUAAUAAAUUUAGAAUAUUUAAUUCAAAGUUUAAUUGAUAUAACAGAUGAACAUCGAAAUGAUAAUCACUCAUUAACUUAUAUUUUUGAUUAUCUAAUGAUACCAAUAUCUUUAAUUAUAAAUUCUGUCGAUACUAGUAAUAAUAAUAAUAAUAAUAAUAAUAAUACUAAUAAUAAUAAUAGUAAUAGUAAUGGAGGAUUAUCAUUACAAAAUCAUAAAGUAUUAUUUUGUAUUAGAAAAGAAUCAAUUCAAUUGAAAUCAUUCACAUUAUUAUCAAAAUUAUUAGAUAAUAUUAAAAUUACACAAUUUAAAAAGUUUAUAAAUAUUUUAACAAUCAUUAUCAGUUAUUUAAAUCAACAACAGCAACAACAGCAACAACAGAAACAACAACCAAAUGAGGAAUUUUUAAAAAUAUUAUUAUUAAAUAUUAGAUUACUAUUUAAAAGUACACAAGAUUCAUUCUUUAAUGAUAAACAAAUUUAUCCAAAACAUCCAUUCUUAAUUGCUGAUCAGUUCGUUCCAUUUGGUUAUACCAUUUCAACUUUAUUAAAUUUAUUAACUCAACAACAACAACAAUCAUCAUCAUCAUCAACUAAUAAUAGUAAUAAUAAGGAUGUAACAAAUUCAGCAACAACAACAACAAUAUUAUCAAGAGAAAUUAAAAAAGAAUUAAUAAUUACAUUAGAUUUUAUAAUUGAACCAUUUUCAAAAAGGAAUUUAGAAUAUUAUAAUAUAUUAUUUCAAAUAUUUCCAGGUACUAUUAGUUCAUUAUUUAAGGUGAUUUCAGGUGAUUUUAAAUUGGGUUCAGUUUUAAAAGUACAAUGUUUAGAUUUAUUUAGUAAAAUCAUUUCAAAUACAUUAUCUGAUAAUGUUAAACAUUUUAUAGAAUCAAAUAAUAAUAAUAAUAAUAAUAAUAAUAAUAAUAAUAAUAAUAAUAAUAAUAAUAAUAAUAAUAAUAAUAAUAAUAAUAAUAAUAAUAAAGAACAAGUUAAUUCAAUGUUUAAAGAAUCAGAAUUAAAUUUAUUUAAUAUGUUUUGUUUAAUUUAUCCGACAUCAAAUUCAUAUUCAGCAUUAAGAAUUCAGCAUUCAAUUUAUUCAAAAGAUAAUGGUGCGACAUUAUUAACAUCAAAAUUAUCAUUAGAGAAAUACCAAAAUAGAGAAGCAUUAGUUAGGUCUGCUUUCACUAUACUUUCAAAUUGUACAAAUUUAAAAUCAUUAUCACCAAUCCUAUUAGAAGUAUUGGUUUUAUUUCAUGCUGAUCAUUAUCCACAAAUUCAAGAUCAAACAAAACAAUAUUUCAUUCAAUUAAAACAAUUGAAAAAUAAAAAUAAUAAUAAUAAUAAUAAUAAUAAUAAUAAUAAUAAUAAUAAUAAUAAUAAUAAUAAUAAUAAUAAUAAUAAUAAUAAUAAUAAUAAUAAUAAUAAUAAUAAUAAUAAUAAUAAUAAUAAUAAUAAUAAUUUUGAUAUUGAUUUAAUAUUACAAGAUAAUUUUAAUCAUUUAUUUCAAUCAUUAUCAAUGUUAAUAUGUAAUAGUAGUGAUGAUGAUCAUGAUAGCAAUGAUAAUAUUACUACAGUUGCAGGAAGAGGAGGGGGAGGAAAUACUCAAAUUGAUGAAGAAAAGAAAAUUAUAGUAUUUAAAUUAGUUUUAUCAUAUUUAAAUAUUUUAGGAAAUGAUAUAUCAUCAUUUUUUUCAACUAGAAUUGAUAUGAUAGCUUCAACCUUAAUAUCAUUAUCUGAAAUGCAGUCUCCACCACCUUCAAUACCAAUUGAUGAAUCAACUUUAUCGCCAUCAAAGAAUUUACAACAAUCAUUAGAAGAAUCUUUAAAAAUUAUAUCUGAUAAUCCAUUUGAAAAAAGUCAAAAAAGAUCAAUUAAAUCCUUUUCAAAUUUAUCAUUACCAUUUAUAAAUUUUUAUAGUAGAGAUAGUGAGAAUUAUUUAAUUAAAAUUAUUGAAUUAAUUGGUAAACUUUGUGAUAUUAGAGAAUGGAUUGAUGUUUUAAUUUCAAAUAGUUUAUUAUCAAGUUCGCCAAAGAGAAAAGAGAUUAUGUUUUGUUUAAAUCAUCUUUUAAUUGGUAGUAAUAGUAAUAAUAAUAAUAAUAAUAAUAAUAAUAAUAAUAAUAAUAAUACUAAUAAUAAUAGUUCAGUAAUGGAUUUUUCAACAGUUCAAUAUAUUUUAGAAGAAGUUAUGUCACCAAAUUUAUUAAAUUUAGUAAUUUCAAGAGAUCAACAUUUAAUUUAUUCAAAUAAAAUCAAUAAUAAUAAUAAUGAUAAUACUUUAUUAUUAUCAAUUUCAAAUAAAGAUAAUGAUAAUCAGUUAGAGAUUUAUUUCGAUAAUACUGUUACAAUAUCAUUAGUAUUAGAAUCAAUUGGUGUUUUAACUAAAAUAGUUGCUAAUUUUCAAACAAAGAAAUAUCGUCAAAUAUUUUUAAGUAAAAUUAUUUAUCAAUUAUUAGAGAAAUUUGGUUUAUCAAGUUUAGAUAGUAGUAGUGGUAGUGGUAGUGGUAGUGGUAAUAAUAAUGGAUUAAUUUUUAAUCAAUGUAAAAAAACAUUAAAUGAAAUUCAAAAUUCAUUUGAAUAUGAAUCAAUUCAAGAUAUAAUUUAUAAGAAUUCAGAUUAUUUAUUGGAUACAAUUGAAAGUCAUAUGAAAUAUUUAGAUUCAUUCCCAAAUACACCAACUAUUUUCAAAGGUAUUUUAAAUAUUACAGGUUUAGGUUUUCUUCCUUUUCUUUCAGAUACAAUUAGAAUGAUUUUAAAUUCAUUGGAUUUAGCAAUUGAAAAUUCAAAAAAUAUUCAAAUAUUCAUUUCUAUCCUUUCAAAUAUAGUUUGUGUUUUAUAUAAUAAUUCAAAACAUCAAUUACAAUAUCAACAAAUUUUAUUAAAAUUAAAUGAAAUUAAAGAAAAAAGAAAAUUACAACAACAACAACAAAAAGAGGAAAAAGAAGAAGAAAAUAAAGAAAAAGAAGAAGAAGAAGAAGAAAAAGAAAAACAAUCAAUUCAAGAUAUUAAAGAAUUUUUCUUAUCUCAUCAUUAUAAAAAAGAUGAUAAAAUUGAACAAUUGAAUCAAUUAGAUUUUAAAAAUAAUAAUUUAAAGAAACAACAACAACAACAACCACCACUUAUUGAUUUAUUGAAAAUUGAAACUACACCACAACAAUUGGGUAUACCAAAUUUCAUUGAAACUACAGAAAUUCAAAGACAAAUGGCACAAGAAAUUAUUAAAAAAUCAAUUCAUUUCAUUAGUUCAAAAAAUAAAUUCAUUAAAAUGACAACUAUUGAUAUUAUUGAAAUGGGUUUAGUUAUUGUUGCAACUGGUACUAGAAAAUAUGGUGGAGUUGAAGAUGAAGAUGAUAAUGAACAAAAAGAAAUUAUAAAUGAAGAUGAUCAUGAACAACAACAACAACAACAAAAACAACAACAACAACAAAAUAAAACAAAUUCAGAUAAAAGUAUUGAAAAAGUUGCAUUAUUCCCAUUAAUUCAUUUAGUAUGGGAUUCAUUAGUUAAAAGAGUUUCAGAAUCUGAUAGAAUCAUUGCAAAGAAAUCAUUAGAAGUAAUUCAAACCAUUUCAAAUCUUUCAUUGGAAUUCAUUUCUCAAAGAUUUUGGGAUCAAUUAUGGCCAAUACUUAAAAGAAUUUUAAUUGAUGAACAAUCAAAUCAAACUAAACAACAAUACCAACAACAACAACAACAACAACCAAAUACUACUACUACAAAUAUUAAUAAUAGUUCAUCAACAUCAAAGAAACCAUUAAUAGUUGAAAUAGAUUCAUCAAUUAAAACUAUUGAAGAAGGAAUUGAAAUUAAAAUGAAAAAAGAUAAAUUAAAGUAUACACCAUCUUUUAAGGUUCAAUUUGUAUGUUUACAAACUUUAAAAACAAUUUUAUUAGAAGGUUCUACUGGUAAUAGAAUUAAACAAAAUCAAAUUAUAGAUAUAGCUAAAACAACCAUUUACUAUUUAAAUAGAAAUCAACCUGAACAAUUUCAAAAUUUUACAAUUGAUAUUUGGAAAGAUGUUUUAUUAAAAAAUGAUCCUGAUUCUUUAUGGUUAUUAUUAUUUAAUCUUUCAAAUCAAUUUAAUAAUGAAAUUUAUCAUUUCCAACAACAAGAACAACAACAACAAGAUCAAUUAAUUCAACCAAUUCCAAAUAAUUUUCAAUAUUCUUCAAAAGAUAUAAUAGAUUUUAAAUCAAAUGCAUUAAUACUUUUUAAUUUAAUAAAUUAA